AUGGCUUCUGAGGCUUCUGAGCAAACGUGAGCCUUUCAAUUCAAAAUUCCAUCUCUUACCGAGAAUCUAUAGCUAACUUUCUUAUCCCAAAUCUAGUUUCAUUGCGUGAGUUCGCUGGGUUAUGGUACCUUGGCUAAAUUUUUACUGACUCUUGUAUCUGGCUAAAGCAUUAAGCCCGACGGUGCGUUUUCGCUCACUUGAUAUGUCUGGACCCGCUUGCUGACGGUCUCUGUUUUCAUAGGUGUGCAGCGUGGCCUUGUUGGUCCCAUCAUCUCUCGUUUUGAGCAGAGGGGAUACAAGCUUGCUGCCAUCAAGCUCGUCACCCCCGGCAGGGAGCACCUCGAGAAGCACUGUACGUUUGCUCUCAACGGGCUGUCAUCAGCCUAGACUGACAUCUACCCAGACGCCGACCUUUCUGAUAAGCCUUUCUUCCCUGGGUGAGUGUACAAACAGGAACAAACAGACAUUAAUUGAAGCAUGCUAACUGUUCUUAGUUUGAUCAACUGUACGUUUUCCCGUACUGUGAAACGACCUUAAGUUUUUUUGACAUUGAGUGCAGACAUGCUCUCUGGACCUAUCUGCGCCAUGGUCUGGGAAGGAAGAGACGCUGUUAAGACUGGACGUGGUAGGUAACAUGCGUGUGAUGCUUUUAUAGAGAAACUGUCUAAUAAAUGUCUUCCCUUAGUUCUCCUCGGCGCCACCAAUCCUUUAGCAUCUGCCCCCGGCACAAUUCGCGGCGACUACGCCAUUGUAAGAAGCCUUUCCUGUUAUUGUCCUUUCGUCGAGCUGGGUGCUAAAUCUCUUUAUACAGGAUGUCGGACGCAACGUCUGUCAUGGAUCUGACUCCGUUGAGAAUGCCCAGAAGGAGAUCAACUUGUGGUUCUCCAAGGAAGACCUUGUCACCUACAAGCAGUCCCAGCACUCCUGGAUCUACGAGAAAUAGAUAUUGCUUUCCGCCGUUGGUCGGAUGUUUGAACCCUGGCUCUAGAUAGUUUUUGCUUCUUCAAGUGAGAUAUUGGGCACCCUAGAUGGAGAAUCAGGAGGAUGAAAUCCCUG